CAAAUGGUUUACAUUGGGCCACAACGACCAUUCAAUGAUUUGCGUCAAGUAUCGUUUUUUUUGUCCAGCGUUUAUUUUGCAGAUCUUUUGUAUUUUGCACUGGGAGAAACUGACAUAGCAAACUCAUCUGUAUGAUCGGGGAGCAGGAGAACACAGUAUGGUCCGGGAAACCAGACAUUUAUGGGUGGGAAAUUUACCCGAAAAUGUACGAGAGGAGAAAAUUAUUGAGCACUUCAAGCGAUAUGGACGGGUGGAGAGUGUCAAGGUCCUGCCCAAACGGGGUUCAGAAGGUGGAGUCGCAGCCUUUGUGGAUUUUGUGGACAUUAAAAGUGCUCAAAAGGCUCAUAAUGCUGUUAACAAGAUGGGGGACAGAGACCUGCGCACUGAUUACAAUGAACCAGGCACAAUUCCUAGUGCAGCGAGAGGGCUGGACGAUAGUCUGUCCUUAGGCUCUCGUGGCCGGGAUGUUUCAGGGUUCACAAGGGCGGCAGGGGGGGCUGUGUAUGGGGCCCCCACGUCGCUUCACAGCAGAGAUGGACGCUAUGAACGCAGACUAGACGGGACUGCUGAAAAUCGGGAUCGGGCGUAUGAUCACGGUGCCUAUGGACAUCAUGAGCGUCCUGGUAGCAGUUUCGACCGUCAGCGGCACUAUGAAACAGACUAUUAUCGUGAUGCUAGAGAGAGGACUCUAAGCACAGCUGGGAGUGGGUCUGGUACCUCCAGUGGAAGCGGUACAACUGUGUCAUCAGGAGUUGGAACUAUAGUUAGCGCUGUUGCUGGAAACGCAGGAGCUAGUGGAUCAGCAGGGGCCUCAACUGGAGGAAGCGCAGGAUCUGCAUCCAGCGGGGUUGGUUUCUACCGCUCCCACAGCAGGAGCCCUUGUCGCUUUGAGACGCCAGAGCCUCGAUAUGAGUCUCGUGCCAGAGAACCUUUCACUUUGGCCAGUGUAGUUCACAGGGACCUUUACCGGGAGGACCGGGGGCGGCGUGGGGAGCGGUCGUACCGCCACAGUCGCAGCCGAUCUCCACAUUCGACACAUUCGCGGAAUCCCUCUCCUCAGAGACUAGUGAGUCAGGCUACUCGUCCUCCACGCUCCAACAGUGGGUCAGGCUCUCACAGCCGCUCCUCCAGUUCAGACUCAGUCAGCAGUACCAGCAGCAGUACGAGUGGCAGUGAUUCUAGCAGUAGCUCAAGUGAUGACUCGCCAGCCCGUUCAGUGCAGUCAGCCGCUGUCCCUGCACCCUCAGCUCUUCCUUUAUCCUCCCUUGACAAGGAUGAACCACGUAAAAGCUUCGGCAUCAAAGUCCAAAAUCUUCCCGUGCGCUCUACAGAUACAAGCCUAAAGGAUGGUUUGUUUCACGAAUUCAAAAAACAUGGGAAAGUUACAUCUGUGCAAAUCCAUGGAGCUUCAGAGGAGCGCUAUGGACUUGUCUUUUUCCGCCAGCAAGAAGACCAAGAGAAAGCUCUUGGAGCAUCAAAGGGGAAGCUUUUUUUUGGCAUGCAAAUCGAUGUCACGGCCUGGAAUGGCCCCGAGACAGAAAGCGAGAACGAGUUUCGACCCUUGGAUGAGAGGAUUGAUGAGUUUCAUCCAAAGGCAACACGGACAUUAUUCAUUGGAAACCUGGAGAAGACCACCAGUUACCAUGACCUGCUAAAUGUCUUUCAGCGCUUUGGAGAAAUAGUUGAUAUUGACAUUAAAAAGGUGAAUGGAGCCCCGCAGUACGCUUUUCUACAAUACUGUGACAUUGCCAGUGUCUGCAAGGCCAUAAAGAAGAUGGAUGGCGAAUAUCUUGGCAACAACAGACUAAAGCUGGGCUUUGGAAAGAGUAUGCCUACAACAUGUGUUUGGUUGGAUGGAUUGGCGUCAAACACAACAGAGCAGUUUCUCACUCGACAUUUUUGCCGCUAUGGACAUGUUGUCAAAGUUGUUUUUGACAGGAUGAAAGGAAUGGCCCUUAUCUUGUAUAACAACAUUGAAUAUGCACAAGCUGCAGUCAAAGACACAAAGGGAUGGAAGAUAGGAGGCAGUAAAAUUAAGGUGGACUUUGCAAAUCAGGAAAGUCAGAUGGCUUUCUAUCGUUCAAUGCAGGCGUCUGGACAGGAUAUUCGAGACUUUUAUGACAUUCUCUCUGAAAGAAGGGAAGAUCGACGAACCCAAUAUGAAUUUCAAGCAGAGAGACAAUAUUAUGAGAACGUACGAACACCUGGAGCUUAUAGUGAAGAUCCACGACGGAAAUACUCUGCAAGAAGUCGAGAGUUCUAUGCUGAAUGGGAUCCAUAUCAGGGAGAUUACUAUGAUCCACAAUACUUUGAGGACCCUCGGGAAUAUCGGGAAUACAGAGCUGACCCUUAUGAGCAGGACAUUCGCAAAUAUAGUUAUUUGCAGCGGGAACGUGAAAGAGAGAGGGAACGCUUUGAAACGGAUCGUGGACGUGAUCAUGGGAGGAGGACCAUUGAGCGCAGCCAAAGCCCAUCUCACCUUUCCAGUCGUCGUGCUGCCAGCCCUACGGCAUCUCCUUCACUCUCUGAAAGGAUACCAAGUGAUUCAGACAGGCAAAUUUGUUGUCGAUCAUCUGAAAGAAGCGGAAGUUGCAGUUCAAUCUCCCCACCCAGAUUUGAGAAACUGGAAAAAGCCAGAUCUGAAAGAUAUAAUAAAACUGAAAAGCUUGAGAAGGAUCGGGUUUUUGAAAUCGAAAGGGGGAGUUUGGUUGAAAAGGAAAAGAGAACUGGCCGAAAAGAUAGAGGGGACAAAGACAAAAGUGAGAAACAGAGGCUUAAGAAGCUUAAAGUCACAUCACCGAUCAUCCAACCAUGUGAGACAGAACCUGAACUAGAAAGAGAUGUUAGUCCGGAGUCUGCUCUACGAAGCAAGGCCAGUAAAAUUUUAAAGGAAACCUCGAGCAAAGGAAGGUUAGACCUUCUGCCUUGUGUGGUGCAGUUAACACGAGUUAAAGAAAAAGAAGGAAAAUUGAUUGGCCAUGCUGUUCUGGACAAACAGAUACUGAGGAGUGGGAGUGACAGUCCUAGAUUGGCAUCACCAACAGCUGACCAGAGAAGUCCUCCCUUUCGCUCAGAAUCAUCAAAAGGUGAAAUCUCUAAGCAUGGGAAGAUGCCCAGAGACAAAAAUGUGCACAGCUCAGUGGAGGUUACUGACAAGGACAGCAAAAUUAAAAACAAAAAACAUGGGAAAUCUGAAACUGGGUUUGACAGUAGUAUUUCUGUGGAUAUUGACAGAUUAGCUGCAAGGAAAAGACGUUUUGAAGAAUCUGUGAGAACUGAUCGACAAAAGAGAGCCAGUGAUGAGGACUCCAGCAGAGCUGGACUUUAUAAACUGUGGAACAGUGCAAAGGAGACAGACUUGGAGAAGAACCAUUUGAUACGAGGAAUGCAUAAAAAGGAGCAGCACAAAGAAAAAUGUGUCCGUAUGGGUUCAGUUAAUAGUCCUAAAGAUGGAAGAGACUGUGAAAGCAACUUUUCAUUGGAUGGACCGUCUCAUCUUGGGGAGCUUCCUGAUGAUUCUGCAGAGCGGUUAGACUCUCCCUACCUUAAAAUGGAUUUAGAGGGCUCAAAAAGUGAAAACAGCUCCUGUCACAUAAAGAUAUCACAUGACUUGGAUGAAUUAAAAGAACAAAAAACUGUUUUGUCUGAAAAUGAACAAGGGAGAACAAAGUGUGGAGACUCUGAGGGAGAUGGACAUUUUGUGAACAUUGACCAAACUAAUUUUUGCACAAAACAAAUUGAGCAGAGUCGAUGGCUCCGAUCCAAACUUGGCGAUCCUGAUAAGUUAGUCAAGUUUGAAAAGUCACCAAACAAUGAGACAUGCGAUUUUGAGAAGGAUUUCAUCAUUCAUGAUGUUGGAAAAUCAAAUCAGGACAUGACCAGUGAUGACUUCUCUUCUAAUAAAAGAAAAAAAUUGGACAAUUUUGACUUUGAAUCUCUCAAAAUGAAACGAGAAACCAACUUUGCAAUCUCCCAAAAGGUAAAUGAGGACAUAUACAAUAUGCCAUCUUCUAUAAGAGCUGCUCAGUUUUCUGAAAAUGAAGAGGAAGAAGCUGCCCACAUUUCUCUGUCAGUUACAAAGAAAGAAAGAAAAUCCCCUCCAGUAAUGGAUGAGAAAUUUUCUCACUCAGAAUCAUUGAAGAACAGUUUGGGUCUGACAGGCAGACAUCUUCCGCCGUCUGACAACGAGUUCUCAAAGCUUAAAACAUCCUUGCUUGGAUGUGAUAAUGAAUUGAUGCAACAUUGGGAAAGACGGAUGAAGUCUGAUUCUCUUAAAAUGGAAAUGACAUUCCCAAGUAAUAUUUCCAACCGCGAGACCAUCCGCAAACGCAUCAGCCAGGAUUUGGAGCCUGGAGAAGUGCAGUCCGAUUCUGAUGAUGAUGGAGAAAACAAACACAUCUCUCCUAAGUUAAGUAGUCCCUUGUCAUAUAUCCUCAGGGAUCGUGAUGAGAGGAUGACAGAACUCAAGCUUUCAGGCUCUUUGGAGAAAAAUAAGUUCUAUUCAUUUGCUUUGGAUAAAACAAUAACUCCUGAUACAAAAGCACUCCUUGAAAGAGCCAAAACUUUAUAUUCCUCAAGAGAAGAUAAUUGGUCUUUUCUUCCCUCACGCUUCCCGGUCUCCCACACCUGUUCAGAUAAGGACAAAGCAGAGUUAGCACCUCGACCUAUUCCGUCUUGGUAUAUGAAAAAGAAAAAGAUUCGUACUGAAUCUGAUGAAAAGCCACACUGUAAAAAGGAGGAACUCAAGCCACAGGACCAAGAACGCCAGGAAUUAUUUGCAUCUCGUUUUCUGCACAGCUCGAUCUUUGAGCAGGAUUCUCGGCGUUUGCAGCGACUUGAACGUAAAGACCAAGACUUUGAAACUGGGGGUAAUAGGCCUUUUACCAAGCUUGGUACUGCUGAGGCUCAUCCCGAAUCUGGAGGAGCUGAUAUCCCACAAGAGCCCACAGUACUUUUCCACAGUCGAUUUUUGGAACUUCAGCAACAAAAAGACAAGGAUCAUCCCCUGCCUGAUGCUGAGGAUGACUCAACAGAGGUAGAUGUGAAAAGAGAUGAAGUUCUGAACUGUGAUAAUGUAAUGUCUGACAAAGAAUCUGAGCAGGCAUUGAAGGCUAAUGACAAAUCAGCCAGCCCCCCAUUAACCAUGAUAGUUUCACCAUCUGUUCCUUCCCCCAAAGAACCAUCUCCACCAGAAAAGAAGGAAGUUUUAACUCCACCCUCAGAUCAGCCUGUGUCAUUUGUCAAAGAAGAGAAAGUGGAGCCAGUCCAGAAGAUGUCGCCAUCUCAUUCUCUUCCUAUAGAGGAUGUUAAAUCUACUGCUCCUAAGCUGAACAGUACACCUACAUUUACAGUUUCAGAACCAGAAAAUGAAAUGGAAACAAAAGCAGAGUUGGUUGAACCCAAAAUUAAGUGUAGUGAUAGUUUGAAAGUGGAACGUAAUCCUGUUGUGGAAGAUAAGCCUCCCACUCCUGGUGGUUCCCUAAGUGCCUUUGAAAAAGAGACUUCAGAAUUUUCUUACUCUGAGGCUUCAAAGGUGGAAGAAAAAUCUGAAAUGAUUAAGACGGAGCCUGAAAUCGAAAAUCAAGAAACAAAGCACUUUGAGGAAUCUCAGAAAACCGAGACAGAUAGUGAGCCAUGUAUGUCAGAGCUGGAUACUGAAAUAAAACCAUUACCCAACCGCAGACAGCCUAAGGGUAAAAGGGCAAAACCCUUGUCUGCAUUGCGAACUGCACAGCAGACCCAAAAUGUCAGCACUGAAAAACCAGCAACUCGAAAAAGCGAGCGGAUUGACAAGGAGAAACUCAAAAGGGCCUCAUCUCCUCGAGCAGAAGCACCCAAAGUAUCACUUGAGUCUAAAACCACAUCCAAGUCACCAAUACAUGCAUCAGAUUCAGAGCAAAACCUUGAGUUGAGUUUGAUUCAUGGGAGAACACGUCGGAGGAAUGUAAGGUCGGUCUACGCCACACUACAUGAAGAUGAACAAACUGGUAAAGAGACUGCAGAGUCACCACGCUGCAUGCGCAAACGUGGUGCUGAUAAAGAACCUGUACAGCAAGAUGUUCAAAUUCCUACAAGCGCCAGACGGGGACGCCCUCCCAAACGAGGCAUCAAACGAAUUGAGGAAGUCUCUCCAUUAAAAGAGGAUCCAAAGAAAAUGACGGAAGUGGAUACAGCGAUCAAAGACGCAUCAAGUACCGUAGAAGUUGUAAAAGCUUCUGAGGGAUGGCGUUCACCCCGCACACAGAAACUUCAACAAGCACCACAAAGUUCAGCAAACAAGAAAGGAAGCAGAGUGGAUAAAUCGUCCGGGAGCAAAUUAGCCGAACAAGCUAAUUCAACAAGUCAUAAUGACUCGGAGCUUAACCCUAAAGCCGAUUCUGAGCUGUUUAGCAAGGUAUCAGACAAGGAGGAAAAUGCAGGCUCCCCAGUGCAUGUUAAAGAAAAAGAUUCAAAAGAUUCCAGUGGAAAAAAGUCACCUGAGGCUGAUAUUGAAAAGGUAGACACCAGUCCAUCUGAGAGGAGACAACAAACUGAAAAGAGUAUUAAAAUGAAAACCCCCAGGCUGAAACGAAAUACUAAGCAGAUCACUGAAGACAAAUCCCACAGUUUGAAAAAUCUUGAGAUCCGUGUUAGUGUUGACGAUGUAAAAGGCUUGCUUCGUUCAGAGGAUGUUGAGCCUGAGACUUUUAAAGCUGCUACCGUAACAAAAACCAAGUCAGUAGUACAAGAUAAGAAGGAAGCACAGAUAACAGAGUUUCCAAAUGAUUCCAAAGAACUUGGUAAACCGGAAAAAGAAGAUACACAGUCAGAACCUGAACUUCCUGUUGAUCCAGCUGCUGUUCUAUUAGCUCAGCAGAUGGAACUAGAACAGGCUGUUGAAAAUAUUGCCAAACUAACAGCUGACCAAGCGCCUCGACAGAAUAAGGAACCACCUGCAGGGCAACCAACUGUAUCCACCCUUGUCAUAGUGGAACCAGAACGUGAAGUUGAGGAGGAAAAGCGAGCAAAUCCCGCAAGUGAAACUGAACUUGCAGCUGCUAUUGAUUCCAUUACAGCAGAAGAUAUCUGCGGAGAUGCAGAUGGCUUCACAGCUCCUCCUACUUAUACAGCUCUUAUUCCUACCCCUGAAUCUGUAAUAUCCUCUUCAUCCUCCUCCAAUGAGAUUAUGGAGCCUGAAACACAUAUGGUGAUCAAUAAUAUCAUUGCAGGGGACUUAGAUGAUGAGUCACCAAGCCCUAAGGGAUCAGUGGUAGAAUCUAAGGCCGCUGAUGAGCCUAUUCUACUUGAAACACCUAAGAAAACAGGCAAAGUUAGAGCUAAAACCCCAAAGAAAUCAAGAAGUCGUAAAGGUGCAGCUAACAAAAAGGGGGAAGCCACUGAAGAUGUUUCUCAAUCAGAGCCCUCCCCAGUCAAGUUACCCGAGUCAAUCCCAGAAGAUCCAGAAACCCUUAAUUCAAAAGCAGCUACCGUUACAGCUGGGGAUGCUACAGCAGCUUCUGUUGUUACUGCUGUUGCAACUUGUAGGCGUGACGUUACAAGUGCUAUAACUGUAGACACACCCAAAGAAGCAGAACAGCCUGAGGUUGAACAGCCUGUACCUAAAGAAUCUGCGUUUCAUUCAGAUACAACCAACAUUUCUGCUUGUAAAAAGCAUCCCCUUGCCCCAGAGCCAUGCACUACUACAUUUAGCCCUGCUCGCCCACAGCCAGUUUCCCAGUUCAACGUUCCUCUGCUGCGACCUGCCAAAAUGCAGCUUUCACCUGACUGGCCCCAGAGAUCUGAAGAAAGCAGAAUCUAUGUCGCUCCUUCAUGUCAUGUCACAGUGGUAACCCCUUCUGUACCUGUAUCAACUGCACUUGGAACCCCCACCGCAAAUCCCCCGAUGCCUCCUGACACCAAGGCCUCUGAUAUUGACCCUAGUUCCAGCACUUUAAGGAAAAUCCUAAUGGAACCCAAAUAUGUGUCAGCAUCAAACAGCAAUUCUAUACCUACAACUAAAAUCACAUCUGCACUGUCAGAUCCUUCACGAAUGUCAGAAAGUGAAAACCUUUCUGAUGUGAUGGCUUCACGACAUUUACAUUCCGAGGAGAGGCUAUCAUUCCCACCGCAGGCUGUACACCAUAAGCCAUCUCCACUGACAGAGUCCCAACAGAACUGUGGAGAAAAGACACAGCAUACAGUUAUUUCUCCUGCUACCUCAGUAAUAAGUCGAAUUCCUAUGCCUUAUGACACAGAAGAAACUCCACGAAUUUCCCUGAGCAACCGAAGCAUUGGCCUGCCCACCCCUAAACAAAAAUUUAGAUCAAACUCCAAUGAAAACAGUCGUUGCCAUGGCAUGGAUAUAGUUGAGGACGGGACAAGAGGGCGUACGGUUGUUGAGCCCACUCCCUACCAAACAGGUACCAGUCCUGGCCUAAGGGUCAAUACAUCAGAGGGUGUUGUUGUUCUGAGUUAUUCUGGUCAGAAAACUGAAGGACCCCACAGAAUGAGAGCCAAAAUUAGCCAGAUUCCUCAAGCAAGUGCUGGUGAUAUUGAAUUCCAGCAGUCUGUAUCCAAAUCUCAGAUAAAGCAAGACACACUCAUCCCGUCAUCCCAGUCAACUACCCCCAAAGUAGCCCCAGCUCCUACAGGUUAUGGGCACACGGGGGUCCUUUUGACAGGCCAGUCUUACAAUUCUCAGCCUGUCAUUUCCAGUACCAAGCAGGAGAGUCUCAUAUGUGACAAAUCUGAAGCUCCGUAUCACAUAGGAUCUCAGGGUGUGGUAAAGAUGUUCCAGCCGCCAAUUAGUUCUUCUCAAGUCUUAAUGUACAACCAAGCUGUGAUUCAACAGCAGCAUGGAAAAAGAGGGCUAGUGACAGACACCCUGCCAAAAAAGAUGGACAUAGGCAAAGCUGUUCAGCAGUCGAACCUAAGCCCAGUCAUGAGUCCACACCACCCCUCGCUGUCUGGAACACGCAUGAGUCCAAGCCCUGGCAUUUCAAAUGAACGGUCAAUGCUACACCUCAAGCAAGAACCUCAGUCUCCACGGACAGCUGGUCACUCCCCUUCACCCUUCGUCAAAGCCUGUCCACCCAGCAGCUCUCCUAUUGGAACUUCUGUUGUUCUUAGUCAUGGGAUGCCAUCAUUGUCUACGUACCAUUCUAGUAUGCAUCACUCACACUCAGAACAGUCCUCUGUGAUAAUUCAGCCUCACAGUGUCACACAGUCGAUGGCUCAUGAAGCGAGAAUGAAUAACCCACCAAUCUCUGGGAUAAACUACGGAAGGCGAGGAGAUUCCCUGUCUUCUCCACUACCAGGGCCUCCACAGCGCUCAAACACACCACAACCUAAUGUCAUUCGAGACAUGGUGUUACAGUCUCAUUCAAGUCCCCAAGGAUCAGUGUCAGGUAUUGGUGGCAACAGUGCAAGUGAAGAAGAACCCAGGCACUUCAAGCAAGCUCUCAGUAGACCUCCAGUUUCUCAGCUCCAGUCAGAUGUAAUGAUGGUUCACAGUGAUCACAGAGGGCUCCAUCCAAGCAUUCGCAUGGACCAGUACAGAGACAUACACCAGCGCAUACUCAUGCACCAGCAACUUGGGGAGCAAGUAGCUGUGGAAGCAAGACAGUCACGCACCUCAGAGACUGGAACAUCUUCAGGCAACAUCUCUGGGCCUUCAAAAAGUCCUUUACUGGGGAAGAACAUUGAGCUCUCAGCAAAAGAGCCUCUCAAACCCCUUGAAGGAAAGCUAAUGCACCCAACCCCCAAUGAAAGUAGAAUCCGGGGAGUCCAUGCAUCUAGUCCUGUUAUGGUGUCGCCUCACCCUCAUGGAGUUCAACUGAUUCAUCCAGGAGGUGCAGGCUCUUUUCCAGUAUACCGAGACACACGAGGCUUCCCAAGCCAGUUUCCUGGACAUAACCUGGCUAAUCAAGGAAUUACAUCUUCACAGGUCCCUGCAGAGCCAGAGCUGGGCACCAGAGGUAAAAUGCCUCAGUCACAUGGCGGAGGAAGCGACUCCAAACCUGAGAGCUCCCUUCUUCGCCAUGCUACCUCUUCAGACCUCUCACACAUUUCCCGAAUAUCAGGGGACACAGUCUCGCCCUCAUACCAGUCUCCCUUGAUGUCUCCUAUGGGUCUUACUCACAAGCCAGAUCUGUCUCUACAAAAAGGCCCUCCAUCCUUCCUCCUCACGCCUCCACCAACAGCACCACCAUCAAGUUCACAGCAGCCACGGCAUGAUGCUAAGCUGGAGCAUUCAGGACAUCGGUCCAUUGACAUGGUGCAGCUUUUGACAAAAUACCCUAUAGUAUGGCAAGGCCUGUUGGCACUGAAGAACGACCAGGCUGCUGUCCAGCUGCACUUUGUGUCUGGUAACACCAUGUUGUCUCAGCGCUCCCUGCCUCCACCAGAGGGAGGUUCUCUUCUUCGUAUUGUCCAGAGGAUGAGGCUUGAGGCUUCGCAGCUGGACAGCGUAGCACGCAGAAUGACUGUGGAAAAUGACUACUGUUUGCUUCUGGCUCUACCCUGUGGUCGAGACCAAGAAGAUGUCCUUGGUCAAACCCAAGCCUUGAAAAGUGGCUUUAUCACCUAUUUGCAAGCAAAACAGGCAGCUGGCAUCAUCAACGUGCCCAAUCCUGGCUCUAACCAGCCAGCCUAUGUGGUGCAGAUUUUCCCACCAUGUGAAUUCUCGGAGAGCCACCUUUCGCGCCUGGCCCCGGACCUUCUCAACAGCAUCUCCAGCAUUUCUCCUCACCUCAUGAUUGUUAUUGCCUCUGUUUAAUUACCUCCAUUUUUUUCUUUUCCUGAACAAAGCUAACACCAGCCCUUUUGGACAGUUUGGAAACUGACCUCAUAUUUUUAUGAGUUUGACUUAAGAAAAAAAAACAAAAAAACAAACAAAAAAAAAAAACCUAAUCUAUUUUGGGUUCACCCUUUCUCUUUCACUUCACCAAGUCCUUAAAUCACCCAGUGAUGAUGAAUUCCAAAAACGUAACUUUUUUGAAGAGGAUAUGAAGGGUCGAAGGGAUUUUUGAUGAUCAUUACUGGUUGCUCUUCAUUUUUGACCAUUUUUGGAGGUGAUGUGCAUAGCCUUUUGUAUUCAUGACAUUCAUAAAGAUGUGGAUGGUGACCUUCAGCGGGAUAUUUUUUACCUUCAUAAAAGUGAUUGUGAUUUUUUUUUCUUUUUUUUUAAAGAUGAUGUGAGAAGUCAUUGCACUAUGUUAAGAAAAACAUUGUGAACUCUGUACAGAUUUGAGUAUAAACUUCUACAUGUUAUGGAUUUAUUAUUAUCAGUCAUGCGUGUGCUAAAGCAAAGAAAAUCAUUGCCUGGAAAAAUGAUGAAGAUUCUUUUUAGCUUCAUCAAUCAUACCGCUUUUGCUCCUUCACCAUUAGCAAAUUUCUACAUCAUUUCCGGACUCGGCUCUCCAUCGCAAAGUGUUCCCUGCCCCAGGAACUCGUGAUGGGACGUUCAGAGUUGUACAGUUUACACUCAAUGCCUCAACAGGGGACAAUAUAAAGAAUAUUUAAUUUUUUUUUUUCAUUUUCUUUAAGCCUAAGGAUAAUGUGGACAAUUGUCAAACUGUAAAUAUUAUAAAUAUUUAAAAGACUGAAGUGACGUGAAAAGACCAAGCAAAUUAUUUUAAACGACAGACCAUGAAAUCUUUUUUCUUUAUUUCUGUCCUUACUGUUUUUCUCGUUUUCUCAUGUUGUAUUUAUUUUUCAUUCUUCAUGCAGGGCAAGAAUGUUGGAAAAAAAAGGAAAAAAAACAGGAAAAAAAACGAUUUCGUGCCAAAAUGUCUUCUGCAAUUGCUCAACACACUUGUGUAUGUAAAACUACAUGUGAUCAGAACCUAUUUUCCUAUGUGAGCUUGUAUUUUGCCAUUCAGAAGGCACACUUGGAUUUAUUUUUUUUAUUUUCUGUUUUUGGCAUUGUUCAUUAACAGAGUUCUGCUACUACAGUGAUUUUUGAAACACGAUGUUCAUUUGAAGGAACUUUUUGUUUGUACUGUAGGGUUUACAUUUCUGUUAGCAUUUCUCUAUUUCCACCACCCCACUGUGCUGUCCUGUGCUGCCCCCUGCUGUCUGAAAACCAGUGUCGCAACCAGGACUGCAUACUGAAGUUUUUUAUGCCACUGCUUUGUAUGAGAUGUGCAAUGGCAUGUUUUAUUUUCAAAUCUUAAAGGGUAAGAGGGUUACAAAGGCAAAGAAUGUGACUUAUACUUGACAUUAUGCCGCUAAUGGAUGUGUUGAUCAUCUGUCUCCAUCCCUCCCCUUAAAUGUCUGCUUGAGCCAAGCUGUACAUACUGAUGUCCAUAUUCUGUGCUCUUGUCUACCCCCCCCCCCCAUACAGUUGUCUUUCUUCAGGAUCUUCUUUUUUUUGUUUUGUGCAACAAAACGAAGCAGUCUGAAAGAGACGGGAAAUGAGGUGAAACCGAUGCUGAAAGUAAAACCAUGCUUGUCAGUUUUGUGGUGUAAAUAUUUGCAUUACUGCAAGCUGAAUACUCUCAUGGUUAUGUUGAAGGCACUUAUAAUUUUGAUAAACAAACAAGAAAAAAAACAAUCUUUAAAAAGUGAUUAAUAUGAAAAAAAUGUCUUUUGAUCAAUCUUCAUUUUGAGUGUAUUUUGAUGUUCCUCCAUGAGGACAUUUUAAACUGUAACAUAAAUGGUUGUUUAACUUACUUCUGAAGAUCAUUAAAUGGUCCCUAACUCUG